AUGGAUCUAGCUGAUCAAUUUAGUGAUGAUACAACAGAAGAUAUAAAACAUGCAAUGUUAGAUAUCAAUUUACAAUUAGAUCAUCUUGAAUCAUUAAGUCAUUCAUUAGAACCUGUUGAUGAAAGAGAAAUAAAUAUAAGUAUUUAUCGUAGAAAACUUCAUCGUUUUAUUCCUAUUCAUGAUGAUCUUGAAAUACUUUAUCAACGUUUAAUUAAUAUAAAUGAUCGUUUAAAAUGUCUUUUAUCUGGUGAUCAAUUACGUAUAACAAAUGAUUUAAAAUUAAUGUUUGAUCGUUUUAAUUUAAUAAAACGAAUUGUUAAAAUUUAUCUUGAACGUUUAGAAAAAUGA